AUGGCAGCCAUCACUGUCCACAACUCACUCAAGCCCGGAGCACCGGUGCCGUUUAUACCCCGGGAGGAGGGCAAGGUCUCGUGGUACGCCUGCGGGCCAACAACCUAUGACCUGAGCCAUCUUGGCCACGCCCGCAACUAUGUCUCGACGGACAUCAUUCGCCGUAUUUUGAUGCAUCACUUUGGCUUCAAGGUCAACUUUGUGAUGAACUACACGGAUGUGGAUGACAAGAUUAUCAUCAAGGCGAGAAGAAAGCGGCUACUGGAGCUCGAAAAGGAGAAGCCAUACACCGCAAAGGAGAUCCGGGAUCUCGUCUUCAAAGCGUUCCAGGCCUAUGCGGGAAGCAAUCUGCCACUACUCACCGGCGAGGGCCAGUCAAUUGUCGAUGAGAAGAAUUACCUCGAACGCAGGGAUGCCGCGUACGGCAAAGUACUAUCCGGCGGGACUCUGACGGGCGAGGGGAAGCCUGGCGACCCCGAAGCUAAGGCAAGGAUGCAUAUCGGCAACAUGGACUCGGCUGCCAAGUCUCUGGUUGAUGGCACGGGGUUCGACGGGGCAGAGGACAUUCUUCUUCCAUAUCUCGACUCCCUGUACAAGGAGACUAUCGACACCAGCGACCAGACCAUCUUUACAGAUCUUACCCAAGCGAUGGAAAAGGCGUUCAACGAUGACAUGGUGGCCUUGAAUGUGCUACCACCAGAUGCCGUCACGCGAGUCACCGAAUACGUCCCGCAGAUCGUGGCAUUUGUUGAGCAGAUCAUCGCCAAUGGGUUCGCAUAUGAAGCCAAUGGAUCGGUGUACUUUGAUAUUGCGGCUUUCGAGAAGGCGGGAAACAACUACGCCCGGCUACGACCCGAGAGCAAGAACGACAAGACUCUCCAGGAGGAGGGCGAGGGCUCGUUGUCGAAGAGCUUAGAAGGCAAAAAGAGUUCUGGGGACUUUGCGUUGUGGAAAAAGUCGAAAUCUGGUGAACCAUAUUGGCCGAGCCCCUGGGGUGCAGGUCGCCCAGGCUGGCACAUUGAGUGCUCCGUCAUGGCCUCCGACAAACUUGGCGAACAGAUGGACAUUCACUCCGGUGGCAUCGAUCUGGCGUUCCCUCACCACGACAAUGAGUUGGCUCAGAGUGAGGCGUACUUUCACCAGUGCGACAAGGGCGAGCAUACCUGGGUCAACUACUUCCUGCACAUGGGCCAUCUCUCCAUCGCGGGUAGCAAGAUGUCUAAAAGCUUGAAGAACUUCCAGACGAUCCAAGAUGCGUUGGCGACAACGUACACGGCCCGAAACAUGCGCAUCGUUUUCUUGAUGGGCCGCUGGAACGACGGGGUAGAGAUCUCCCCGGAUAUGCGGAAGCAGGCAGACAGCUGGGAGAGCACAGUUGACAAUUUCUUCACCAACGUCAAAGCGAAGCUUUCAGAGGCCGGUUCCACGACAGAGGGCGUCAAGGACUUAUCCCUGGAAGAGGGGGCAGGAAAGUCCCUCGUCACCGAGCUUGAACAGGCCCAGAAGGACCUGGACUCGGCACUGCGCAACUCAUUCGAUACCGCCGGUGCUAUGCAAGUGAUCCUCCGACUCGUCAAGGAGGCCAACAUCUACAUGGCCGACAAGUCUGGCCAGACCAGCCUAGCGGCUGUUGAGACUGUGGCACGGUGGGUGACCAAGGUUGUGGGCAUUCUUGGGUUGGACGCCAGCGCACAGCCACCGUAUAACGGUCUCGGAUGGGCUUCCGCGAGCGCGGCCGCCGCGGCCAACCUGGACCCUCAAACAGCCGUCAAGCCGUUUGUCGGGGCGUACGUCAAGAUCAAAACGGACGUUGAGGCGCUGCAUCUCACCGAAGCGUCGGUUCAGACCCUUCUCCAGCAACAGACGCCCGAUACCGAGUUUGCCCAGCUGGAGAAGAGCGGCGAGCGUGAUGUAGAGAAGCUGGCGCUACCAUAUCUCCGCGCGGCGUCUCGUCUCCGUGAUGUGUUGCGCGCGGUCGUGUCCUCGUUGCCGGCCGCCAGCAAACAAGCGGUGCUUGCGUUGAGUGAUCGGAUCCGUGAUUAUGAUUUGACGGACAUUGGCGUCCAACUUGAUGAUCAGGUGGACAAGCCAAGUUUGAUCAAGUUUGUGCCGGCCUCCAGGUUGAUUGCGGCUCGCGAGGAGAAGGCGGCGUUGUUAGCUGAGAAGGCGAGGCAGAAGGAAGAAGCCCGCAAGGCGCGAGAGAAGGCAGAGGAGGAGAAAUGGGCCAAAGCCAAGGUGCCUCCCCAGGAACUCUUUAAGGGCGACGCGAAGUAUCAAGAAUGGGAUGCUGAGGGUUUGCCAACGAAGCUGGCGGAUGGGAGCGAGGUCCCCAAGAGCCAGACCAAGAAGCUCAAGAAGGAUUGGGACAGGCAAAAGAAGCUGCACGACGAGUACCUUGCCAAGUUCGGCAGCGCCUAG